AUGUCUGAUAAACCCAAUAUGGCCAAGAUCGAAAAAUUUGGUAAGUCGAAAUUGAAGACAGAAACACAAGAGAAAAAUCCACUACCUUCCAAAGAAACGAUUGAACAGGAGAAACAAACAGGCGAAUUGUAA